AUGCCUGCGUACGUCGCCCGUCCCAUCCGCCGCAAACGCACGCCAACGGUAUACCGUUCACGGUUCACCCACCAGCUAACCCUACUUCACCCCCUUCACAGGCCAGGCGACCAGCACACGGCAUGGGCCAACCCGUACGAGGAUGCGAAGCCGCGCAUCUCGGAGUGGACCGCCAAGGAGAUCGCCACCAUCUCCGUCCGCCUCGACAAGCAGCUCGGCCCCGAGUACAUCUCCUCGCGCGCCGGCCCCGGCGGCGCGCGCGUGCACUACCUGACUGCCGAGAAGUGCAUUGGCCUGGCCAACGAGAUCUUUGGCUUCAACGGCUGGUCCUCGUCGAUCCAGAACAUCCAGGUCGACUUCGCCGACGAGAACCCGCAGACGCAGCGCGUGAGCAUCGGGCUGAGCGUCAUCGUGCGCAUCACGCUCCGGGACGGCACGUACCACGAGGAUAUCGGGUACGGGUCAAUCGAGAACGCGCGCGGCAAGGCGAUGGCGUUUGAGAAGGCGAAGAAGGAGGGGACGACGGACGCGCUGAAGCGCACGCUGCGCAGUUUUGGCAACGUGUUGGGGAAUUGUAUCUACGACCAGGACUACGUCAAGCAGGUGACCAAGAUCAAGGCGCAGCCGGUCAAGAAGUUUGACCAGGACAACUUGCAUAGACACUCGGACUUUGUCAAGAAGGAUGUGCCGGUGCCGGCGGCGGCGGUGGUGACGAGAGCGGCGGGAUCGGGGUCGGGGUCGUCGUCUGCGUCAGCGACGGCGGCAGUCAAGGCAGAAGCUUUAGAGUCAUUUGAGGACUUUCUAGGAGACUUUGACGAGGCAGACUUCUGCGUGUCUGAAGAGGGCCACCCCGAUGAGGUUGUUGUGCCAGUCCCAGCUGCACCCACAGGCCCGCAAACACGACAACAGCAACAGCCGCAAGCCAGCAAGGCCGCGCAGCAACCCAAUCAACGGCCACCGCAGCCCCAGACCCCCAACCCCCAAAAUCAUAGACAAGCAGCAGCAGGCCACGCUCAAGCCGCGGCGCCUGCGGCCCCCCCAGCUGCUGCCGGCGAGCCGGUCGCCGCGUUCUUCUCGGCGCGCGCCGUCACGACGGACACGAACCAGAGCGCCAGCGUCCCCGCCACCCGGCAGCAGCAGCUCUUCAACCCCAAGGCGGAGAGCCCCUCGAUCCGCAAGACGCCCGGCAUCGACCACUCCUCCUCCAAGCCCGUCUCGCGCUCCGGGCAGCACGUCCCGCCGCCCAGCCAAGGUGCCGCCGCGGAGCCGCCGACCUCCGCCGCCGCCACGCCUAGUCGGCCGUCGGCAGCAGCGAGGGGAGGCGGAGUUAACAGGGGACACGCGGUCAACCCUAGCCUGGACCACGCGCGCAGGAUCGGGGCGCCGGGCGGGCCGGCGAGCCCGCUGGCGAACAGGAGCUCGUACAAGCCGCCGACGAUGAUGAAGAGGCCGCUGGCGGCGGCGCAGGGCGAGGGCCGCGCGCCGCUGAGCGAGGUGCCGCCCAACGGAGCCGUGACGGCGGCGGCGGCAGGGCCGGACGGGCUCGAUGCGAAGAGGCAGAAGAUGGUUUAA